GUAACCAAUAAGUCACGGAUUCAGAUUCGGUCCAUGAAUACUCGUGAUCAUCUAAACUAAUGUAUAUAUGUGAGUAAUUAAAAUCAACAUAUUGAAAUUAAAUGUUGUAAUCUAUUGUAAAAUACAAAGUAUCUAUUGCGAAAAUAACAACAAAAUAGACCUGUAGCGUUAAAAAGAAAGUGAAAUGUGGAUUUUGAAAUACAACGUGUUAAAAAAUUAUGUUAAAAAAAAUGUUUCGGCCGUGCCGUCAAUUAUAUUUCAAUGCACGCGACCUCUUAGUAGUUUAAAAGGCAAAGUAAUAGCCAUCAGAAGGGAAGAUCAAUCAGUAUGGGAAAGACGUGCGCCACUGGCACCGUCAAAUGUUCGCCGAUUAAUUCGUGCUGGCGUUAAAGUUAUUGUGCAACCCAGCAAUAGAAGAGCAUAUCCGGCCAAGGCUUACCUUUCCGCUGGUGCAUCUUUACAAGAAGACAUCAGUACAGCUUCUGUAAUUUUUGGCGUCAAGCAGGUUCCGGUUGAUCAGCUGAUACCGAACAAAACAUAUUGUUUCUUUUCGCACACGAUCAAAGCCCAGGAAAGCAAUAUGCCUUUGCUGGAUGCAAUAUUGGAGAAGAACAUUAGGCUGCUGGAUUUUGAAAAAUUAACCGAUGCUCAGGGUCAGCGUGUGGUAGCUUUUGGAAAAUAUGCUGGCGUCGCUGGUAUGGUCAAUAUUCUUCAUGGUCUAGGACUGAGAUUGCUUGCUUUGGGACACCAUACGCCAUUUAUGCACAUUGGUCCAGCGCAUAAUUACAGGGACUCGGCAAUGGCACGGCAAGCCAUAAGAGAUGCUGGAUACGAAAUAGCUUUGGGAGCAAUGCCAAAAUCUAUUGGACCACUUACGUUCGUUUUCACCGGAAGUGGAAAUGUCAGUCAAGGUGGUCAGGAAGUCUUCCAGGAGCUUCCUCAUGAGUACGUCGCCCGCGAAUCCCUGAGGAAGGUCGCGGAACACGGUGACACGACCAAGAUUUACGGCUGCGAGAUCAGACGGAGACAUCACCUAGAGAGGAAGGAGGGCGGCGGUUUUGAUUCUGAGGAAUAUGACAAAUAUCCGGAAAGAUACAUAUCAAUUUUCAGUAAAAAAAUAGCACCGUAUGCAUCUGUUAUCAUCAACGGGAUAUACUGGGCUGUAGAUUCCCCUAAAUUGCUUACUAUACCCGAUGCUAAAAAUUUACUGAGACCGGCCUAUACCCCAUGGUUGCCGAUAAGCGUUGGUGCCCCAGCGUUGCCACAUAGAAUGUUGGCAAUUUGUGACAUUUCGGCCGACCCAGGUGGCAGCAUUGAGUUCAUGAAUGAAUGCACGACCAUCGACACGCCGUUUUGUCUUUACGAUGCUGAUCGCAACAAGGAUACGAAAUCCUUCAAAGGACCUGGUGUUCUUGUCUGUUCGAUAGACAACAUGCCCACACAACUCCCAAGAGAAGCAACGGAUUUCUUUGGUGACUUAUUGUAUCCUUAUGCACUUGACAUCAUCAGAUCGGAUGCUAAGAAGCCAUUGGAUGAUCAUGGAUUUACUCCAGCUGUCUACGGCGCCAUUAUUGCUUCCAACGGAGAAUUGACACCCAAUUUUGAAUAUAUCAAGGAAUUGAGGCAACUCAAUCAGCGCAGUAGACACAAGGCUGACGAUUCGGAAUCUCCUAGCAAAAAGGUUGUGGUCCUAGGUGCUGGAUACGUUUCUGCACCUUUGGUAGAGUAUUUACACAGAGACAACAAAAUUAGGAUCAUCGUUUGUUCACAACUAAAGGAUGAAGCUGAUGCACUUGCCAAUAGAUAUCCAGGAGUUGAAUCUGUAUUUCUUAACGUUCUCGACCGGCCUGAUACACUCCAUGAGGUUGUUAGCUCUGCGGAUGUUGUUGUAUCUUUAUUGCCGUAUUCACUUCAUCAUCUUGUAGCAAAAACAUGUAUCCAGACGAAAACUCAUUUAGUUACAGCCAGCUAUAUGAAUGACGACGUUAAAGCGCUUCAUGAAGAGGCAGAAGCAGCAGGUGUUACAAUACUGAAUGAAGUUGGACUGGAUCCUGGUAUAGAUCAUUUAUUAGCUCUGGAAUGUUUUGAUGAUAUUCGUCAAGCAGGAGGGAAAAUCGAAUCAUUUAUUUCAUGGUGCGGUGGUCUUCCUGCUCCAGAAUGUUCAUACAAUCCUCUCAGGUACAAAUUCAGUUGGUCACCCCGAGGAGCAUUGUUGAACACUCUGGCACCAGCAAAGUAUUUGAACGAAGGUCAAAUCGUUGAAAUAUCUGGAGGCGGUGAUCUUAUGUCCACUGUACAAAAUUUGGACUUUCUACCUGGCUUUGCAUUGGAAGGAUUUCCAAAUCGCGACAGUACAGUCUACAAGGAACUAUACGGAAUUCAAAAUGCAUCAACAGUAUUACGUGGUACGUUAAGAUUUCGCGGAUUUACUGAUACAAUUCAAGGGAUGCAAUUUCUGGGAUUAAUUGAUCCAAAUCCUCAUCCAAUUUUGCAUCCCAAUGGACCAGACAUCACAUGGAGGUCAUUGAUAUGCAACAUGUUGGGUUUGGAAAACGACAACAUAUUCUAUGAGAAUCUUAAGUGGAAAUUGGCAGAACGUGUCAAUUCCGAAGUACGUGUUCAGGCCAUUGAAGAUUUAGGACUUUUGAACGACGAUCCAGUUGUCAAGAUGAACACGCCUUUGGAUACUCUGACUUAUUACCUUUCAAAGAAAUUAUGCUUUGAAAAGAACGAAAGGGACUUGAUUAUUUUGAGACAUGACAUUGGUAUUCUUUGGCCUGACAAUAGAAGAGAAGAUAGAGGAAUUAAUUUGGUUGUUUAUGGAGAUCCAAAAGGACACUCUGCAAUGGCUCGUGCCGUUGGAUAUCCUGCAGCCAUUGCCGUUAAGAUGGUUUUGGAUGGGGAAAUACAACAGAGAGGCAUGGUUCUGCCAUUCACGCAAAAUAUUUAUAGGCCAAUACUCAAUCGAUUACGAGCAGAAGGAUUGGAAUCAUUUGAAUCGUCUCGAUGGAAUUGAUUAUAUAUAAAUUAACACUGGGUUUAUAGAAAUUUAUUAUAUACCUAUCUUAUGGACACACGUCAAAUUGACUCGUGAACGAAACUACAACUUGUUUUAUUCAAAAACAGCAUAGUUGUACACUGUUAAUUUAGAAUGUUUAACAUUAUGUAACAUUACAUUUAUUAAAUGUCGGCAUAAGUGGCAGGAGAGAAAUGUAAA